AUGGCGCCGAUCAACAUCAACAACGGCAAACCUGGAGGCGCUACCAACAACGUCAUCCACGGCAUGGCGACCCUCCGCAUCAAUCCCACAUGCCAGUCGCCUGCUACCGUUAUACAUCCCAGCCCCGGUGUUGAUGUCACUGUUCAACCUGGUCGCGACUAUCCUCAGCCAACCUCAGCCAACCUCAACCUGGAUUGCGAACAUGACCACUCAAAGCUCGCCGACGCGCCCAUCGUCCACCUAUACCAGUGA